AACUUAUUUAAAGAAAAAGGAAAAAGAAAAUAAAAUUGAAAAGCGCGCGCCUACACAAGAAGGAGCCUAGUCUUCAGCCAAGAAGUCACCUUCACACCUUCCCAACGAAGUUCUCAGGGGCUUUGUGUUUUUCUAUUUCUUUUUCAUCAGAAAAGAAAUGGUCUUUUAAGUACCCUUUUGGCCUCUGAUUCCAAAAAUUCUUUCUUUUGAUUUUUGCAAUAGAUUUCUUUGUGGGUUUUUGAUCCUUAGUAGAGAUGGCUGGCCAGGAAAUGAAAGGAAAACGAGCGUCAUUGAUGAUCAUGGUUUUCGUCUUUCAGGUUCUCUCUGCACAUUUACAUGGCUGUUAUGCAGCAACCGGUCAAGGUCAGCCACUAUGGAAGAGGAGUACAGUCCAUCCAGCGGUUGUUAAUGGUUUUGGCUCCUCUGUUUUCCUUCCUGUUUCUGGCAAUGUCUAUCCUCUUGGGUACUAUUCUGUGGAACUUAAGAUAGGCAACCCACCUAAGCCUUUUCAGCUUGAUAUUGAUACUGGCAGCGACCUCACUUGGGUCCAAUGUGAUGCUCCUUGUAGUGGUUGCACUCAGCCUCGUGACCGUCUUUACAAGCCCGCUAGGAACAACUUUCUGCCUUGCAAGGAUCCCAUGUGUGCUGCACUUAACUCUCCAAAAUCAAAUCCAUGCAAGAAUCCAAAUGAAAAAUGUGGCUUUCAAGUUGAAUAUGCUGACCAUGGUUCAGUUCUUGGUGUCAUGGUCUCAGACAACUUUCCCCUGGGCCUUGUCAAUGGCUCCCUUUCUAAUCCCCUUUUGGCCUUUGGAUGUGGAUAUCGUCUACAAAAUCAUGGUCCACAACCUCUUCCUAACACUGCUGGAGUCCUUGGACUUGGCAAAAGUAAAGCAAGCAUCUCAUCACAAUUGAGUGGCAUGGGUAUAACAAAAAAUGUGGUAGGUCAUUGUUUCAGUGGACAAGGGGGAGGGUUUUUGUUCCUUGGAGCUGAUUUCGUCCCUAAAUCAGGAAUGACUUGGACGCCAAUGUUGAAAAAUUCCUUUAAUAAACAUUAUUCUUCUGGUCCAGCAGAACUUCUUUUUGGUGCGAAGCCUACUGGUGUAAAGGGCCUUGAUGUUAUUUUUGACACUGGAGCCACGUACACUUACUUGAGUUCUAAAGUUUACCAAACUGUACUCAAUCUGAUAAGGAAAGAUCUAACCGGAAAGCAACUACGAGAUGUGAAAGAUAACGCUCUGCCAAUCUGCUGGAAAGGUGCAAAACCUUUUAAAUCUGUGCGAGAUGUUAGGAACUAUUUUAACACGCUGGUGCUGAGUUUUCCCGGUGCAAAUAAGCUAGUAUUACCACCUGAAGCUUAUCUCAUUGUCACUGAACGAGGAAAUGUUUGCCUAGGAAUUUUGAGUGGCACUGAAGCUGGACUAGGAAUUACCAAUGUGAUUGGAGGUAAGAGUGUUUUUAGUUUUGCAUAUAGCUUGAUCAGUCAUUUUGCUUCUGAGUUUCUAAUUUGUUCGCCUUUCCUUGCAAUCCAAAUUUUCCUUGUGGGGAUGCUGUACAGACAUUUCAUUGCAAGAUAAACUGGUGAUAUAUGAUAAUGAGAACCAGAGGAUUGGAUGGGCUUCUGCAGAUUGUACUCGCAAGCCUCGAUGAUUAUGAACCUAUUCUCUUGUAUCAUGCAAGAAAAACUAAAUGAAAUGACUGAAUAAAGUAUAAGGCCAAAAAAAUAGCUUCAUUCUUCAACUGAGGGUACGUACUUUUUGUUUAGUUGUAGAAGAAGGCUCAUUACCAUGAUGCUUCUCUUUGAUAAUACACAAGGGUUGAAAAAUGUAAGCGGGUAUCUUAUUGGAACUAUGAUGGAGGCAAUACCAAUGGCUUUUACAAAAGACAUUCACAAUGCCCUUUGAUAUAUCUUACGCUGCAAGUUAGCUUUAGAAAGUUUCAUA